CCUAAUUUGGAUUGAUGCAUUUCAAGAAUCUUGUCUCAAUCAAAUUAUUAGGGUUAGGGGAAAUAUCGAAUUGGGAAUUGCUAGAAGAUAGUGUUUAAAUUUUGGUUUCACGAUGGAGAAUCAGAGUGAAAGAGACAAGGGCGUUCAUGGCGAUAAAUGGCGAGAGCUAAUUGCGAGGCAUAAUAUCCAGAGGCCUUAUAACAGCCAGAGACCUUAUGAUAUAGAUACAGUUGCAUUCAUGUCCAUGGCUCAAAAACUGAAAGAGGAUGGCAAUAGGCUUUUCCAAAAGAGGGAUUAUGGGGGUGCCAUCUUAAAAUAUGAGAAAUCGAUCAAGUUGCUCCCGGACUUCCACGCGGAUAUGGCGUAUCUCAGGAGCAACAUGGCCGAAUGCUAUAUGCAGUUGGGCGUGCCCGACUAUCCGCGGGCGAUACACGAGUGUAACUUGGCUCUUAUGGUCAUCCCCAACUACUGCAAGGCCCUCUUGAAGAGAGCUAGGUGUCAUGAGACUUUGCACAGGCCUGAUUUGGCACUUAGGGAUAUUAGAUUAGUGUUGAGGUCGGAGCCGAACAAUCUCAUGGCUUGUGAGAUUGAGGAGAGGUUGAGGAGAGUGUUUGAGAGGCAGGGGUCGAGGCUUUGCGAUAUCCCCGUUGAUUUGGUUCCAAUGCCUGAUUACACUGAUUCGCCUUCCUCAAGUUCGAGUGAGAGCAGGGGUGGUUAUAAUGAGAGAGAGUUGAAGGGAAAAUUUGAGGAACGAACUGCUAGUUCGAUCUUUAUUAGGGCACUUACUAGUAGUCGAGCUGAGAAGAAUUCGGAAGAUAAGGUGGUUGUUGAGGUAGAGAAACUUAGGAGUAGUGAAGAGGAGCUGAAGAGAACAGUGAAGUUAGUGUUUAAGGAAGACAUUAGAUGGACUCAGAUUCCUGUCAAGUGCGAUAUUUUGAAGCUGAGGCAGAUCAUUGCUGAGCGAUUUCCUUCCUCAAAGGCCGUCAGGGUCAAGUAUAAGGAUCAAGAAGGCGAUAUGGUGACAAUCAGCACUACAGAGGAGAUGAGGCUGGUUGAAUCGUCUGCAGAUAAUGCCCCGAUAAAGCUUCAUGUUAUUGAAGUCAGCCCGGAUCAAGAUCCGUUGUUUAGGAAGUUGAGGCAGGAAAAGAUGGAGAAGAAGCAGGCGAGCACAAGUGGAAAGGAGGCGAAAUCAAAGGAGGUGAUGAGUAGUGAAUCAAGUUGUAUCAGUGAUUGGAUAAUUCAGUUUGCUCAGUUCUUCAAGAACCAUGUUGGUUUUGACAUUGAUGCUUACAUAGAUCUCCAUGAGCUGGGAGUGAAGCUCUACUCGGAAGCAAUGGAAGAAACGGUCACUAGUGACGAGGCCCAAGGCCUUUUCACUGUUGCUGCAGAUAAGUUCCAAGAGCUGGCUGCUUUAGCCAUGUUCAAUUGGGGUAAUGUUCAUAUGUCAAGGGCGAGGAAGAAAGUGUACUUCACGGAUGAUUCGUCCAGGCAAUCUGUGCUCGAACAAAUCAAGACUGCUUUUGAUUACGCGCAGAAGGAGUUCAGCAUAGCAGGAAAGAGAUAUGAAGAGGCUUUGAAAAUCAAACCAAAUUUCUAUGAGGCUGUUCUAGCCCACGGGCAGGGGCAGUUUGAGCAAGCAAAGCUUUCUUGGUAUUAUGCUGUCGCGACAGAGGCAAAUAUAGAGUCGUGGCCUUCGGGAGAAGUUCUUAUGCUUUACAACAAUGCAGAGGAAAACAUGGAGAAGGGAAUGCAGAUGUGGGAAGACCAGCAAGAGCAGCGUAUGGCGGAGCUCCAUAAGGAAAAUAACAUUGAAAGUUUAUUGCAGAGAAUGAAGCUCGAUAACUUGUUCAAACUGGUAUCCGCAGACGAACUGGAGGAACAGGCUAACAACAUUAGAUCCCAGAUAUUCGUAUUGUGGGGUACCAUGUUGUACGAAAGAUCGGUCAUGGAAUACAAACUAGGACUUCCUGUUUGGCAAGAAUGUUUGGAGGUCUCUGUUGAGAAAUUUGAACAAGCUGGAGCUUCUUCGGCUGACAUUGCUGUCAUGAUCAAGAACCAUUGCUCUAAUGACACAGGAUUGGAAUGUUGUGGUUUCAACAUCGAUGAGAUAGUACAAGCAUGGAACGAAAUGUAUGAAGCGAAAAAAUGGCAGAGAAACAUCUCUUCCUUCCGAUUGGAGCCACUUCUCCGAAGACGUGUUUCAAAACUUUAUACUGCCCUCGAAAGUGCAUAGAAGGAAUGUGUCCACAGAGAGUAACAUAUUACUCAACUGAACAGCUUCAUUGGGCUUAUCUCAUACAUCAAGAGUCUUUGUUUAUUGUCCAGGAACAGAGCGUUGAUCGCGCUCGUUUUGGCUAAUGAGAGCAAGAUGUGACGACAGAGUGAAGCCUACAAGUGUUCCAGUUUGGAGGGAUUGUUGCAGAGAAUCAAGUGAUGCUUUUUUGCUAAGAGUGAUUUUUUUAAUGCUUUUGGUGUUAUAUACGUUUCUCUGCAUUUCCAGUGGGGAACUAUCAUAGAACAAUGCUUAUCUCUCAGACUUGAUGUAUAGAGGUCAUUCUGAAUCAUGACAUUUUUUCUGUAUAUUUAAAAUAUGCACUUUUU